CUUCAGAAAAUGAUCAACCAGCUUCUAAGACUGAACUUGGAGGUGUGUCUGCAGAUUCUUUGAGGAGCUGAAAGCUGGAAUAAAGGGAAAUACUGGAAAAUGAUGAACAUAAAGAACUGAAUAUUUGGGUCUCGAGACAGGCACCACCUGAACAUGUGGAUGUUGCCAAGCACUGGACCGGGACGCGCGCGCCUUCAUCACCAUCAUCCUCAUCAUCCUCCUCAUUUGCCGGAUCUCCUCAGGAUUUUUACACUACAAAGCAAAUCAGAAAGCGCCUCUCGGAGCUCGACGCUGCUCUCCGUCCGGACACUGUGGACCUUCUUCUCCACUGCAGGCGAUCUCUCUGACUCCUCUGGUCCGGCGGGGGCUGCGAUGGCCGACGAGACUCGCCCUUCAGCCAAAGACUCUCCCUUCUCCAUCAGGAACCUCCUGACCUGCGACAGUAAAGCCCCCGCUAACCCCCCUAACCCGGCCAAGGCGGGCCUGGACACGGCGCUGUCCAUCUCCAGGCUGGGGGACUUCGCCUUCCCCCGCUUCGAGCGGUUUGGAUUAGCUGGUCAGUGCUUGGAGAGGAGUCCGGCCUGGUGGUGGUGCUACCCGUACACACUCAACUCUCCCGGACACCUACACACAGCGGCGGUCUCAGAGCGGCCGAUCAGACCCCCCUCGCCCUCCCCCACGGACCAGAGCUCCCCAGAGCCACGCACCAAAGAAGAGGAGGAAGAGGAAGAGGAGGAGGAAGAAGAGGAGGCGGCGCAGGAGGAGGUUCAGGAGGAGGAGAAGAGACCAAGCCGCAAGAAGAAAACGCGCACAGUGUUCUCUCGCAGCCAGGUGUUCCAGCUGGAGAGCGCGUUCGACGCUAAGCGCUACCUGAGCAGCUCUGAGCGCGCGUGCCUGGCGUCCAGCCUCCACCUGACGGAAACUCAGGUGAAGAUCUGGUUCCAGAACCGCAGGAAUAAGUGGAAGCGGCAGCUUGCGGCGGAGCUGGAGGCGGCGAACGCGCAUCAUCACCACCAUCAUCAUCAUCAACAGCAGCACAGGAUCGUCCGCGUGCCUGUGCUGUACAGAGAGAGUUCAGAAAGCGCGCGAGGGGGGGCGAACGGAGGGGGUGUAGGAGGGGGGGUUGGGCAGCCCUUACUGUUCCCUUACUACCCCCAUCCCAUAAUGCCCAGCGUGCCACUGCUCAGGCCCGUUUAGCCCUGACUUUAUUAUUAUUAUUAUUAUUAUUAUUAUUAUUAUUUGGGGUUAACAAAAAAAUGCACAGGCAGCAACAACAACAACAGUAAUAGUAAUAUCAAUUGUUAUUAUUACUAUUGUUUAUUAUUAUUAUUAUUAUUAUUAUUAUUAUUAUCAGUGCAGUUAGUUUAUGCUAACCCACAUUUUGACAGAAUAACGGAAACAUAAGAAUUACACAAAUUCGCGUUUCUUAAAUGAUGAUUCUAGAUUUAUUGUUUUAUUUUUAUUUUUAAUAUUAUUUUUUAUUUUUAAUUGCCCCAUCAGUGUAUGCGUGUGUGUGUCUGGGACAAUCGCUCACUGAGGCCUGUUUGGUACUUUAAGCCUUUUCUACAGAGAGACUGGAUUUUACGGGACAGACUGUGACGGGCUUUGAUCUCUUCACUGUAAAUAAAUAUACAGAUGUUGUAAAUAAUCCGCAGAUAUGAGUUGUUCUGUAUAUGAGCAGAGUUUUGAUAUUGUACUGCUGUAAUAAACGGAUCCACUGAC